AUGGGCAUUAGCUACCAGAAAAGCUUCAUAGUUGGCUUCAUAAGGUCCAUUAGCAUAUUCUUUGAAGGUCUUUGGCUUAUGAUCAUGGGUUUCAUGCUUUGGACUAGAAACUUAAUUCCUAAAGGUUGUUUCUUGAACCUUGAAGAGGGUCAUCAUGUGGUCAGGUGCCAUGGGGAAGAAGCCUUAGAACGCGCUAAGUCAUUGGUGAAUAUUCAAUUUAGUUGGUAUCUAAUCUGGUUGACAAUCUUUGAUGUCUCGCUUUACUUCGUCAUGUAUAAAAUCUACGAGGAGAAAGUUGAGUACCAAAUACUAACAAGUUACGAUCAAGAACAAAUACAUGAAGAUAUCGAGGCUCAAAGGAAACUCGACCAAUCACAAAGCUUUCUUCAAAUGUAG